ACAAAGAAUAGACGUUCGGAUUUAUCUUUCACGGAUCGGUGGAUCCUUCCUCCUUUGUACAUAUGAGGUACCUUCCUCUUUGCUUUCCUGUAUAAAGUUCCAACUUGUAGCCGUCUGUGGAGAGCGAGAUUAGAGGAGACACAUAAAAUCAGAUUUCUUUUAGGCAAGUGUAUCCUGCAAGUGAUAUUCGUUAACUUCUUGAGACGCCGAUUUUGUUUUGCAUCUCUUUUCAAUGGAGGCACACGCUUCCCCGGGGCGAAAUGAAGACUUUGUUCCCCUGCCUGUGAAAUUUUGUCUGACAAUGGAAUUGGAGGAGGAUCGUAUGAUUCAUCAGGCAAAACUUGCUCGCUGGUUGAAGAGUGAAACUGAAAUGAGAUUGUUGGGGAAGGUUCCGUCUAGGACAAUUGCACCGCUAGAAACAAGAGAGGCGUUGUAAAAAAAAAGAAGGUUGUGUUCCCUUUGAUCUGCCGAAGCAGAAGCAUGAAGACUACAAGGUUAUGAAGUUAACUUACGUCAGAAUACACCCCAAGGAAGGAAAAGAAUUUCUUGGUAUCCUUGAGGCUCAUGAAAACCGGUUUGUAUGUGAAUGCUUGGGAUUUCGUAUGGUUAUCAUGCAUGCAUAUUUAGAAAGCUGUUUCAUGCGACUUGGGGACAUGAAGAUGACACCACUUUUGCAUUUCCACUUGCGGCACACUGUCAAGGUGGGAACAAUAGAGACAAAAGAUAUACAAGUCCAUUUGAUGCCACAUGACUUUAAGAAAGGCAAGCUAUCUGUUGAGGAUCCACUUAACUUUGAGAAAUAUGAGGAAUCUCUUAGGGGUUUACAGAAAUUUAGGAUGUACCAGAAAUCUGGGGGGACAUCUGAUACUAAUGAAUCUUACUUUCGAAAACUGAAAGCUACUGCAGAUUUAGAUUACAUUGUGAAAUACAAGCAAGCCUGGAAUAACAGCCGUAACGAAGAUUUAAAGAACUUUGUCCACGAAGUACAACAAAGACCUCAGAGUUGCGACAGUGUACUACAUAUACAUUUCCAUGCACUAGAGGAGUUGGAAUUUUCUGGGGAUGUUAGCACCCCGUUCGCCCUGACUUAUGGUGCCCUAGUUUUGCUUAAAAAAGUACCUUUUAGUGUGAUCCUAGUACAGGACAUUGAGAUUGUUAACCUAGCGCGUCUUGAACAUGAAAGGAUUGAUAUGACAGUCGUAUUUAAAGACUAUGAGCGUGAUGUGCUUGAAAUUCGCUCAAUUCCCUUGGAAUUUCUCACUGGCAUCAAACAUCGUCUGCACUUUGGGGCCGUGAAGUACUAUGUUAACGAGGUAAGCAAGGACUGGAAUAUGUUGCUGAAAGAUAUCAGACAAUCCCUUAAGGAGUUCAUAGAUUCUGGUGGAUGGGGUUCCCCCAAGUUAGAUCUUGAGGAUCCUCUUACUUUGACCUACUAUAGGUAUUCCGAUUCAGAUUCCAAUUCGGAUUCAGAUUCGGAAUGGUGAUAGUGAAGAAGUGAAAAGCAACUACAAAAUUUUAGUAUCUUUGUUUUUUUUUUUGGAAGCAUCCUCUUUGUUGCUGAAUAUUGCCAACUAAAAUGUUUCCUUAGUGUAAUAUAUUGGUUUCUUGUUAAUAGAUUUGCAAAGGGAGUGUCCUCCCUGAAUGUGCAUCAA